UUAUGAGUGUGCUCAGUUGGCACAAAUUUCAAUAUGUCUCUUCCUUAAAAAUGGAACAUCAUAGUAUAUACUUGUACACUUCUCAACUGAAGUAUUUGUAAACUUCUUAAUAUAUAUUGGAGGAAUCACUACCUUGCUUCACUAUCAAGAAAAUCUUACUAGUUUCCUUUACCCCAAAAGCAAGAAAGUGAGACCAUCCCACGUUCUUCACAAGAGCCCAAAAGGCCAUUGUUUCCCUCCCUUCAAAUCCCCACCAGACAGCAGCUCUUCAAACUCAAAAAUGGCUACCCAGUUGAGCAUUUUCACAGGCGCCACCCCACGAGCAUUCUCCAUGCAACCCAAAUGCAGGUACCUACAUGGUGCAUUCAGCGUCGAGCCACAGUUAAAACCAAUGAAAGCCUGGAGAAUUAAGGUCUCGGAUGGCAGGGACUCGUAUCUUGAUAUGUGGAAGAAGGCUGUGGAAAGGGAGAAGCAGGAGACUGAUUUUCAAAAGAUUUCAGAGAAUGUUGUUGAGAACAAUGUGGAGACAGAGGAGGUGUUGGAGAAGAAGAGUGGUGAGUUUCAGAAGCUUUUGGAAGUUUCUUCUGAGGAGAGAGAUAGAGUCCAGAGAAUGCAGGUCAUUGAUCGGGCUGCAGCUGCCAUCGCUGCAGCCCGAGCAAUUCUCAAGGAGGAGAAGGUGGAGGAGAGUUCUUUAGAGGUUGGACUUAAGGGAGAUGGUGAUGACCAGGGAUCUUUGGUUCCACUGGAUUUCGAACAAGAACUAGAAGCUAAACAGAGGGAAGUAUCUGUCCCUGUGUCUGGAAAUGAAAGGAAAUUUUCACCAGGUCCGAAUUUCUGGUCCUGGACACCUCCUGAAAAUAAUGUUAUGAUCUCCGGUUAUGAAGGCGAAUUAGAGUCAAGUAGAGUAACUUCUCCAUCCAUCAGUCAUACCAGCCCUGUAAUGGAGUUGGAGAGAGAUGAAAGUAUUUUGUCAAUCCCGUUUGAAAGCAAACUUGAAGAUGUUCACAAUCCUCCUCUACCACCUCUCCAGUCACUUACAAGACACGAAAAAGUAGAAAUGUCUAGCUCAAGUCCAGAGACAAGUCCAGUGGAAGUGGAACAAGAAAUUGAUAUUAUGUUUUCGGAUAAUGCAGUAGAAGCAGCUAAUGCUCUCACUGAAAUUAAAAUUGAAUCACCUGAAGGAAAUUAUGCAGAUGGAUCAAGGUGGUGGAAGGAGACUGGAACCGAAGUAAGGCCAGAUGGGGUGGUGUGCAGAUGGACAAUAAAAAGGGGGGUCAGUGCUGACAAGGCUGUUGAAUGGGAAGAAAAGUAUUGGGAGGCUGCUGAUGAAUUUGAUUAUAAGGAACUUGGUUCAGAGAAAUCAGGACGUGAUUCUGCUGGAAAUGUUUGGCUUGAAUUUUGGAAAGAGUCCAUGUACCAGAAAGAUGGAUCUGUGCAUUUUGAAAAAAGUGCAGACAAAUGGGGAAAGAAUGGUGAGGGGAGUGAAUGGCAGGAGAAAUGGUGGGAAUCCUAUGGUGCCUCUGGCCAAGCUGAGAAAUGUGCGCAUAAGUGGUGCAGCAUCGACCCAAACACAUCCCUUGAGGCUGGACAUGCGCAUGUCUGGCAUGAAAGGUGGGGCGAGCAGUAUGAUGGGCAAGGCGGCAGCACAAAAUACACUGAUAAAUGGGCUGAGCGUUGUGAGGGCGAGAGCUGGGCUAAAUGGGGUGACAAAUGGGACGAACAUUUUGAUACAAAGGGUCACGGGAUAAAACAGGGAGAGACAUGGUGGGAAGGCAAACACGGAGAACGUUGGAACAAGACAUGGGGUGAAGGUCACAAUGGCUCAGGAUGGGUGCACAAGUACGGAAAGAGCAGCAGUGGGGAGCACUGGGAUACUCACGAAGAGCAAGACACGUGGUACGAAAAAUUCCCACAUUAUGGAUUUUACCAUUGCUUUGAGAAUUCUGUCCAACUCCGCGAUGUUAAGAAGCCAUCUGAAUAAUUACCAAGGUUCAGAUAACCAUAGAGUCACCAACUCCUCCUGUACAAUUUUUGCAUCCAAAUCCAAAUUAGCACCAGCCUUUAUGCUUUGGAAUAAACUAAUAUACUCAGUUCUCUGUUCUCAACAACAAUGGUUUAGCA